AUUAAAAGAAAACUAGUUGUAGUUGGGAGAAAGUUUAUUCAUCUUUCUUAUAAGUUUUGUCCUUUUUUUUUUUUCUCGAAUUGAUCCAACUUUCUAUUAUGAUUUAUGCUAUGCAUGCACGAAUGCGUUUAUGAAUUUCUUCUACAUCAAAAAUGAUUGUGUUGUGUGUUUUACUUUCUUGGCUGCCUUAUUAAUUUGUUACUAAAAUUUUCUGGCAUAUAUUCUUUACAUGCAGCUGGAGAGUGGAGGCCCUGUGUAGAAUGAUACGAUUCAGUGCCUGAACUCAUAUUAUAUGUGGUAGCUGAAAAAUACGAUACAUUGAGGAUUUUUGGGUUUGAGGAGUGAAGAAUUUCUGUUAUUAAUUUGCAGUGCAUAAAAUGGAGAUGAAAGCAGGAGAUUCUUUUAGAUUUCCUGGAAAAUUUCUCUUUCUUGCUCUGCUUUUUAUGACCUUAUUACUUUGGGACGGGGAUAGGAAUCCUUUUAUUUCUACACAUGCACCAGCCCAACAUCAGUAUACCACGCCCCCUCCAGCUCCAGUCUGCAAUUAUGCAAAGGGUAGAUGGGUCGCCGACCGCAGGCCGCCUUUAUAUACUGCUGGAUGCAAGUAUAUAACAAGAAACUGGGCAUGCAGACUCACCAAUCGAACAGAUUUCUCUUAUGAAGGUUAUCGAUGGCAGUCUCUAGAUUGUAAAAUGCCAGAGUUUGAGCCCUCUGAUUUCUUGAAAAGGAUAAUCAGGAUGCAGGACAAAACAGUUGCCUUCAUAGGAGAUUCAUUAAGCGGGCAGCAAUUCCAAUCCAUGAUGUGCAUGCUCACUGGGGGGGAACAAAGCCCCGACGUUGAAGAUGUUGCAGACAAAUAUGGUUUCUCUAAAUUGUUACGUAAAGGAGAGAUUCAUCAGCAUUUCUGGGCUUACCGCUUUCUAAGUACCAAUACCACCAUUCUGCGUUCUUGGUCAGCAAGACUUUGUGACAGAGAGCCUAUCAACGCCACCGAUCCCAAGACCCGUUACGCCAUGCAUUUGGAUCGUCCGCCAGCUUUCAUUCGAGAAAACCUCGAUCAACUUAAUUUAUUAGUUAUCAACACAGCUCACCAUUGGACCAAAACGAGGGUCGACAUGGACAAUGAGGUGAUGUAUGUGAAUGGGAAGCCCGUAGAACAGGGAUUUCUUAAGAAUGUUAAGAAUGCCAAGAUCUUUAAAGUGAACAACAUUGUAAAAUGGCUUGAUUCCGAGUUGGCCUCCCAUCCCGACCUGCAAGUUUUCUUUACAACCACGUCGCCGAGGCACUUUUUUAAAGGGGAAUGGAACACCGGGGGGAAAUGUGAUAACCUGAUUCCAAUGACAAGAGGGAGCCAAGUCCUUGGAGAAGAAUCAAGCGAUAAGAUCGUUGCAGCUGCUGUUCAGGGUACAAGGGUAAAGAUUUUGGAUAUAACUGCUCUGUCUGAUCUGAGAGAUGAGGCUCACAUUUCACAUUAUGGUAAAAAGGGCAAUGACUGCUUGCAUUGGUGCUUGCCUGGGAUUCCAGACACCUGGAAUGAACUCCUUAGCGCACAGGUCUAGAGUGUUUUUUUGAUCGGUGAAGCCUGGAAUCAAACUUGAAAUAUAAAAUCUUUCAACAAUAACAAGUUCACUCUCUCAUUGAGUUCAAUCUUCA